AAUCGUACUUACGUAGAUAAUGAAGAUAGGUAUUGGUUAUUAUCUCUUCUGCGCCUCAGCGAUCUUUUUUCAUUCAAUUGAACUAAGUUUGCAGAUGGGAGCACUCAGAGGGCGGAAAGGAUCUCAGCCUCGUCUUAAACCCGACCUUCGUCCUUUCAGGAUUCUUCCAUUUCGGCCUGAACCAUAUUAUAAUGCGUUACGAAUGUUCAAUAGCCAGCAGCACACUCGACUCGGUACAAAUACAGAUUUAGUAGCAAGGGGUAAUAUUAUCAUUGGAUGGGAUGAUCACGGUUUUGUUCGUCCAUUGUAUAAUAUAAAUUUACAUCCAGUUUUUCAUUACUUGAAGAACCAUGAUACAGUACCAAAGACGUAUGGCGAACUUAAGAAAAUGGGUGUGUUUCAUCGCAUUGCAGAUCAUGUACGAGGAUGCUAGAAUUAUGCAUGGUCUGAUGUACUCACA